AUGUCUGACCAAGACCAAAAUCAACGGCAACAUGAGGACCUUAAUGUCUGGAUACUUGGCUCGAGUAUUGGCUCUUUGGCAUCCGCAGUGUUCUUGAUUCGGGAUGCAGAAAUACCUGCUCCUCAGAUUCAUCUCUUCGAGUCCCGCGGAGCACCAGAAGAUGGAUUACCCACCACAGGUGAUGCGGUGAGUGGUUAUGACCACCGAUCUUCAUGCUUGCCUAUAGUUCGCGACAAAUAUACCGAGUACCUACUUUCUCUAGUUCCUUCGAUCGCUUGUUCGGAGCAGACAGCACUCGACAACUUAAACAGUUCCAAAGAGGAUGUGGGCGCCACUCGUCUUCUAUUCCAAGGUGACAAUCACCUGGAAGCUAUCGACCCCAACAACUUCAGAAUUGGAUGGAAAGUCUGGAUGAGCCUAAUGAAUUUCGUUCUAAAAUCCGAAAAGAGCCUUGAUAGAAAAGUGAUCUAUGAUUGCUUUAAGGCAAAAUUCUUUUCCAGCGCAUUCUGGAUUACCUGGUCUUCUACGUUAGUCUCUCAUCGAAAGAUUUUCAAAAUCAUUGCUAAUAUUGGCGAACACAAAAGAUUUGGUUUCUGUCUCUGGUCUAGCGCUAUUGAAUUCCGUCGAUGCUUACAGAGAUUCUUUCACAAUGGACGACCUCAUAACAAAUCCAGUCCUCCUGAUCGCUUUAUUUGCGACCCGCAAGAAGAUAUUAUUUUGCCAAUAACCCGUUUGCUUCAGAAAGAAGGAGUUGAUAUUCACUUCGACGUCACAGUCACUGACAUAGUCAUGGAUCAGGAGCAAGGUUACCGGAGAAUAUCAGCUUUCAAAUGGAUCAAAGACGAAACAGAGACUAUUGUGACUGUUGGCAAACACAACAUUGUUAUUGCAACCCUUGGGUCCUCAGUAUCCGGGUCAACCAGCGGUACCAAUACAAAGCCACCCUCGUUGGAAUUACUGAAAGCAGAGGACAGAUUGGAUGAAAAUUGGUCGCUCUGGCUAGCAUUCGGUUCAACUUUAGGCGAUCCGUAUAAUUUUUGUACGCGAGUGGAUGAAUCUCGAGUGGAAACCUUCACAACUACGUUUCAAAGCACUGAAUGCUUGGAUCAUUUGAUCAAAUCAGUGAAAGCUGAGGUUGGUUCAAGAACUUUAAUCGUCCUUCAAAAAAGCAAUUGGUCCAUCAAACUGCUUAUCCCAUGUCAACCGCUUUUCUCACAUCAAUCCAGAGAUGUGAGCGUGAUUUGGGGCUAUUGUUCAACCCCUAAUCAUUUAGGGAAUUACGUGAAGAAAGCAAUGCUCAGUUGCUCUGGGCAGGAGAUUUUGGUUGAAUUAGCCCACCAUCUCAAAAUACCCCGAGAGUUCAUGUUGAAUAAUUCGAUUAAUAUCCCGCGUGUGAUGCCUCGCUUAGCAGCACCCUUGUUGAGUCGGGCUUCUGGAGAUCGUCCAAAGGUAAUACCAGAGAAAAUAACCAAUUUGGCAGUCGUGGGCCAGUUUGUCGAAAUACCAGAUGAGACUUGUGCGACUGUGGACUACAGCAUCUGCGGAGCCCACACCGCGGUGAAUCGAUUGCUUGGACUUCAAGAAGCGUAA